AGUUUGGUCUUUACGGCUCUCCGUCCUACGUCACUGAAUGUUGACGUGUGGAUAACCUGUCUCGUUAGCAGCACAGUUGUUUCUUGGUGGAUAGUUGAUUAAAGUACAAGACAACUGACUGUAAUUAUAAACGUAUAAAGAGCAACAAUGGCGGCGGACUGGGAGGAGAUUCGUCGUCUUGCUGCAGACUUUCAGAGAGCGCAGUUUACUGACACAAUUCAGAGGCUGUCUGAGAGGAAUUGCAUUGAAAUCAUCACGAAGCUGGUGCAGGACAAGAAGCUGGAUGUGGUGCACACACUGGACGGGAAAGAGUUCAUCACUCCUGCACAGAUCAGCAGAGAGAUCCGAGACGAACUCUACGUGCAUGGAGGGCGGAUCAACAUUGUGGACCUCCAGCAGAUUAUCAACGUGGAUUGGGUCCAUGUGGAAAGUAGAGCAAACGACAUCGUCAAGUCUGACAAAGGGGUUCAGCUCGUACUGGGACAACUUGUCGAUAAUACGUACCUGGACCGGCUGGCUGAGGAGGUGAACGACAAACUGCAGGAGGCCGGUCUGAUCAGUAUAUCGGAGCUGUGUAAGAGCUAUGACCUCCCCGGAGACUUCUUAUCCGAGGAGCUGUCAAAGCGCCUCGGGAAGCUCAUCCAGGAGAGAUGGACCAGUACAACAGAGGGUCAUAUUUACUCCAGCUUUUGUUGCUCGCCACAAGGCCAGGAUACGGGGCUUUUCAGCGCCAUCACGAG